AUGUCAUACAGUGAAAUGGGUCGCUCUAUCCUAAGGCCGAGGUGGAUCUUUGGUUUCGCUGUCGUGCUCGUAACCUUAAUCACACUGUUUACACACACGGCAUCUCACUCAGUCAAUGGUCUGGUCACUUCGAUCAGCACUACAGUAAGUGCCCUGCAGACUCAUCGCCGCAUACUUCUUCUUACCACGCUACCANNGAAAUCCUCAACCUCCACAUCAUCGACCAGCAAUGGCAAAGCCGGUCUCCACUACCUCAUUCCUGCGACAAGUAGCAACCGAGACUUCUGCAAGCUGCUCCUCUCCUCCACCAUCCUCGAUUAUCCCACUCCCGUCCUGAUCAACUGGGGCGCUCAUGAAGAAGCCAACCCGUACAAGCAGCAUCUUGCCAAGGUCGAGACUCUGCUUGCUUACAUGAAGAGGCUGAAGCCCAUCAGCAAGGAAGAUGAUUUGGUCCUCAUCCUGGACGGCUACGACGUCUGGUUCCAGUUGCGACCAGACGUUCUACUUAAGAGAUAUUUCGAGAUGAAUGCAAACCUCGACCAGCGAACCAUUCAGGCAUUCGGUCAAGACGCUUUCGACAAUGGCGAUCAUCGUACCACUGUCAUUUUCGGCCCCGACAAGAUCUGUUGGCCCAUCGACUUCAGUCGCCCCGCAUGCUGGGCUGUUCCUCAUACUGGUCUCUCCCCGACCGCUUUUGGCCCUGAAGAGAAUGAUUUCAGAGAGACACACAACGAACCUAGAUGGUUGAACUCGGGAACAAUCAUGGGUCCUAUUCAGGACAUGAUUGACGUCUUCCAGGCUACCCUCGACCUGAUCCACUACAACCACACCACAGACUCUGAUCAAUUCUACUUCGCAAACGUUUUUGGUGAUCAGGAGUUUGCUCGUCUAUCCCUGGACCAAGAACUUCUCGAGAAUCAGGCCAAGGAAAAAUAUAGGGAGGAGUUNUCAAAAGAAGAGGACCCUCCUCGCCAGAUUCCUGAGUUCCACGAGGGACAGAGAACCGAAUACCACAUUGGCAUCGACUAUUUCUCGGCCAUGUUCCAGACUUUGGCCUUCUACAAACAGUUCCUAGCCUGGAUCCGUCCAAGUGAUUCCUGGGCAACUAUGACGAACGAGGCUGGCGAUGUUUCUCAAGAGAGAUACGGUUUCAAGGUGGCUGAAGAUAUCUCUGCUUCACUUUCACCUUAUGCCGCAUUCGAAGCCUCGCCUCCUUUGUCUAAUGGCUCAGUGGAGUAUCCCAAGUCAUGGGAAGAUGUCAAUCUCUGCGUCAACACAGUGACCGACCUGGCUCCAGUCACUUUGCACUUUACUGGUGAGAAGGCACUGCGCGAGUUAUGGUGGGAUAAGUUAUGGUUCUAUGAGGACGCUGAAGAGCUUCGCAAAGCUAGUCUGAGACUGCCCGAGCGGCCUAUCAGUGAGGAACCUAUUGCAGGCAAGACGUGGUACAAGAUUGAGUCCAGUGACCCAGAGGCAGGAAAAGGAGGAGCGUGGGCUGACAAUGGCGGUUGGCACUCAUGGACCAGUCUGUGCAAGACGUAUGAGGAUGAAAUCUUCCCUCGAAAAACAUUCAAGAAGAAGGGACCUCAUCAUCACUCAUAG